GGAGGAACUGUUAAAUGGGAACAAAAGCGAGGUCGUGGGGACGGCCACGGCUAGUAGUAGUGCGGUUUCGAAAAUAUUACCAGAUCCUUUGGAAAUGCAGAACAAGACCACGUGCUGCACGACCAGAAACAUCAGUGGUGAACAAGCUGCCACAUCAACAA